AGAACGCACAUUUUUAUAUUUCUUGUGAUUGAAUAUCGCAUAAUAUUCGGCAUGCUCCUGAAGCUUCCCACUUUAGGUAUCACGAUUCAAUGAGGAUGAAUUGAAGUACUUCUUGAAAUGGCCUGAGUAUGAUUUUUGGUCCGGAUUUGUGAAGCUGAGGAACGGUGAAGAGCAUCUGGAUCGCUUCUUUUACACUACUGGUUUUCAUGGAGAAAAACUGUCGGAUUGGAAUGAACGUGGAAGGAUGCUGCGAUCAUGGCGAAAAGUCGUCGAUAAUUACACCGAAUUUAAACCAUCAGUAUUCCACGAAGAUGGUGUCUACCUCGAUUUGAUUGAUAAUAUGAGUACGGAUACGUGGCAGUCCGUUCUGGGCACAUUAGUAUGUAUGGCAUUUGUAUGCUUCAUAUUCCUUAACAAUCUCUUCACCGUUGCCAUUGCAAGUAUCUCCGUAUUGUCCAUCUGCGCAGGAAUACUUGGCAUACUCUCAUGGUUGGGUGUGGAUCUCGAUCCCAUCACAAUGGCCGCUACCAUUAUUUCGAUCGGUUUCUCAGUGGAUAUACCGGCUCACGUCUCCUACCACUACUAUCAAGCCUCACUACAAGAAGGUCCAACCUCGAGACCAGCUGAUCGGUUGGCAAACUGUUUGUCAUCAGUGGCUUUCCCUGCAGUCCAAGCUGCUCUCAGCACCAUUUUAUGUGUGUGCAGUUUGAUGUUUGUAAACCUCUACAUGGCUGGGGUGUUCGUCAAAACGAUGAUUAUUUGUGUGGUGCUAUGUAACCUUCAUGGUCUUCUAUUUCUACCGGCAAUUCUCAUCAUGAUCGACUCGAUUCGAUGGGCUAUGCGGCCAAAGGGAGCCGCAGCUCAGGCUAAAAUCGCCCAGCAGCAAAAAGCAGCAUCACGAACGAAGCAAAAACAUAACUGCAGGAUUGCACCUGAGAAGAGCUUUGUAACCGAUCGCCCAGAGGUUUGA